CUCAAAUCACGGGCGGGAGAUAACUUAGUCAGUCGGCUAACAAAGUUGUAGCGUUUGAAACACAGAGUUUUAACUUGUUUAAAAUCGCCGAGUUAUUUCCGAAUUCGUUGAGGAAAACUUUACAUGUUUUGGGCGCCACUGUGGAGGAAGGAUUACGACAUAUUAACCAACAGUAACUUAACGGUGUCGACUAAACUUGCUGAGGAGAGACGGGAAGUGAUUCAACAGUUUAAAGAUGGUCAAGAAGGGGCAGAAGCGUAAACACCUACCAGAGGACGUGGAGGUUUCCGACAGGAGUAGCUCAACCUGGGAGAGCCAGCGCCAGUUUGUGCUCACAGUUUCCCUGCACAAAUAUCAGCAUGGCCUGCAGCUUCGUGACCCCAGCCUGCGGAGGUCCGUUCUGAUAUGCAGCACACUGCGGUCGGUCAGCCUGGAUGGUUGUAGGGUGCCAUCUGUAGCCAUGGAGGUGUCACAGCCACCUUGUAGCUCUUCAUCUGAACUCCAGGAGAGUGUUUUCACUGCAGCAAAACAUAACUCUACAGCCAUGUGUGCUAACAGCCACUCAGCUCUUGACAGCUGCCCUCUGGUCUCUUUAAAUAACUUGUCAAAUUGUGCUGCAAGUAGGUCUCCGGCAAAUGUCACUCUGUCUGUAAAAGAUGAAGAUGAAGACUGGGGAUCCAUGUCCAUGGAUUCUAAUUUCUCCCUCUCUUCUGCCAUCUCCUCCAUUCUCACUGCACUGGACUCUGCAAUUGACGGGAGCCCACAGGCAGCUCCACGGACACCUCUCAGGUCCUUGGAGAACCUGUCAGGGGCCUGUGAGGGAGGUGAGGCAUGGGCGAAACAGGGAGUGAAAGGUUGUGGGGGAAGCUGGGAGGUGCAGGAAGAAUGGAGUGCAUUGGACAGCAGCUUGGAGGUGAUGGGGUUAAGCUACCUUGGUGAUCUCACUGUGGAGGAUCAGUUCCAGGAUAUAAACACAUCCUUGCUUGAGAGGGACAUGGGAAUGCUUGGACUCAGAGAAUGUGAAGGUGGUUACCCAACUGUGGAUGACCUUUUAAGGUAUUUGAUGUCUAAGACAGGAAAUGCUCCAUAGGUGGGCUGGCAUAAGGAGUAGCUGUGAUGCAUCUGGCAGACUUUUGUGCAACAUGAAGGGAUGACAUUUCCCUGGCAAAAAAGGAGAUCAAGUCAUGAUGAAAACUAAGUGGAUAAUAAGUCAGAUAAGGCUAUGUUUUUUUCUUAAUGGCUAAGCGAUGAGUCAGUGCAGAAUUAAUUGCUGAAAAGCAUUUUACUACAGUUUCCAGUGUGACUAAGCCAACUGGAAUUUGGGAAGGGAGGUGUCUGAUUAGAAAACAGAGGCAAAUGAGAAGUUGUGAGCAGGUAAUCACUCUCGGUGGAAAGAAAAUUACUUAAGCAGUAUUGCCCAAAAAUUUGCCAAAAACAUCACAGCUUUAAGAAAACCUUUUUAUUUUAUUUUUUUCAUUUAACAUUGGAUAAAUCCCUCUAUAACGUGUUAAAUGGGAAUGUGAGUUCUGAGAGAAGUGAUUUGGCUGGUGUUUGAAGGACAAUGGUUUAAACACUACUAUAAUAGGUCAAACUCGUGAAGAAAUCCUUUAACCUUGUGUGUAUCAAGAUGAAUUACAGGUCAGGAUGUCAAACAAAAGCUACACCUGCGAAAAUUUGCUUUCUAGUCAGAAGAAAUCCAUGACAACCAUUUGUUCAGUUGCAAAAAAGAAAUAUCAAGUGUGUGUAAUUUAAGGUUAUCUGAGUGGUUCUUCUUUGUAUCCAUCACUUUAUCAUCAGUUACAUUUCAGUAACCAGUAUUUAAAGGUACAGUACAUGUACAUUUUAUUGGUUUAUCCUGCAUCAGCAGGAAAGACAGUUAACCCGAUCCUUGAAUAUUACUCAGUGGAAAAAUGCAUAACUCUUAAUGCCUCUCAACCACCUGACAGAUAAGACAUGACCCAUCUGAGGGCAGAAAAGAGUGAAACUAAAGUUUGUUUUGUCUGAAGUGUUUUCUCUCAGAUGUGGUUGCUCUGUAACGGCUACCUGGCAGCUCAGAAGGAGUAUUUAACGUCUUUUAAUAGAUGUUUUUAUUCAAAGAGCCUUUACAGUACUGUGAUUGUAUCCAACACAUCCCCAUGGCCACUGUAGGUGUCUGUCACUAUAGUUAAAGUCACAACCACUAAGCAGCCGCUUCUGUUGUACAGAUAUUAUCAGUCAUUCCCGGCGGGUAUAUAGACACUGCGUGAGCCACAUUGGCUGAUGGUAGUCCGAAUGGUGCUGAUUUCCACCCUCUGAACAGUUGUUCAAUCAUCAGUAGGUCACUUUCUGCUUGUUUUAGUGGGGUCCUCAUGUUUUGUCUGGUUUACAUCUGAAUGAUUGCACUUUUGUUAAUAUUAUGCAUUUCUAAGUCACAUGAGUUUGUGUUUUACUCUGUAUUUAUUACGCAAUGGUAACAUUACAGGUAAGAUUUGUCCAUUUUUUUUAACCCAUAAAAUGGAGUACUAGUACAUGCUACUACAUCUUGAAGAAGAACGCUAAAGAAAAGGUGUUUUAACUGUAACUUAACCUGCUAUAUAUAUAUAUAUAUAUAUAUAUAUAUAUAUGUUGAUCCAGCAUUUAAAGCCAACACUGCUGGAAUGCGUGACAGGUGAAAUGCUGAGAUAAUUUGUUUGAGGAAGCACAUGAUGCCUGUUGGUCAGGUUUUUGUACUUGCUUUCUAUGCAAAGGUCAUUUUGUAAAUAGUUGGGCUGCAGUUUCAAUUUAUUUAUAAAUGGCACGUUUUGUUGACAAGAUGAGUAAUUUAAUGUCACACUGUAUUUGAAGAUUCACUUAAGGUAUAUUAAUGUACCAUCAUGGCAGUUAUUUUAUUUACAUUAUUUUUUCUAUACAUAUAUUUUAAUGGUUAUGUUUUUAAAUUGAAGGCAGAAUGCCUGGACACUGUAUCUCUUAAAAAAAGGCAAAUGUGUGUUUAUACUGACAUUUUUAAUAAAAUAUGAAAAUGAAA